CAUCCACUAAGAAAAGGAAACACAAGUCCAACAUCAAGCUCGUAACCAUCACGAAAGGACAAGCUGCACUAUCCAAUAGCCACUUUAUGAGAAGCCAGAACUGCUUCUCUUACCAGUUGAAUAUGGCUGUGUCCUCACUCUCAUUGAGCUGGGUUUCAACCACUUCAUCCAACAAAUUGAAUUUGCCUUACUCCAACGACUUACCUAGAGAUACCGCAUUGUCUUCACGUAACAACACCAUCACAUGCUCAAGAGAGACAGCCUCCAGUGAUGAAAGUCACUGCAAGAGAAGGCUGCUAUUAUUGAAAGUUGGAGCACUGACUGCCAGUUUACUCCCUGCAAGUUCCCUUUUUGCUCAAGAAAUACCAGCAAAUUAUCGAGCUUUUGUUGACUCUGAAGAUGGGUAUUCUUAUGUUUACCCCUCAGAAUGGAGGGAAUUCGACUUCAGGGCUCAUGAUUCUGCAUUUAAGGACAAAUUUAUGCAAUUGCAUAAUGUUAGGGUGAGAUUUAUACCAACUGAUAAAAAAGACAUCCAUGAUAUGGGCCCAAUGGAAGAGGUCGUUUACUAUUUGGUGAAACAUGUGUAUGCUGCACCUAAUCAAGUAGCUGAUAUAAUUAACAUGCAAGAGAAAACUGUUGAUGGGAAAAAUUAUUACACCAUUGAGUUCCAACUUACAUCUCCAAAUUUUUCUACUGUUUCUUUUGCAACCAUAGCAAUUGGAAAUGGAAGAUAUUACACUAUGAUUGUCGUUGCAAAUGAAAGGCGUUGGAGAAGAUAUCGCGAUAGGCUUAAAGUGAUAGCAGACUCUUUUAAGGUGCUUGACAUCUGAAAACUGUUGGAGAGCUGGCAAUCUCAGCAUGUGAAUGUUAAUUUGUUUUUCCUUUUGCUUAAUUGUUAAUUUACGUUAUGUAUAUAUUAAAGAAAAAAAAUUAGCUUCAUACAACUAUCAUCAUCUUCAUCAUAUUUAAGUGAUUAAUUAUUUCA